GUGUAGGAGGGGGAGCGGAGCAGAGAGUGAAGCGCCUGGAUUUUUCAUCCAAAUCUGUGUGUCUGGUUUGCUAUCCUGCAGCAAUGCGAGAUGGAAGCGGACUAACGGAAGAAACCUGCAUCUGAGCGAUAGCUUCGUUGCUUUUGAUUCAUCUUUACAAAAGAAUUUCCUGCCGUUCUUUUUGUUUCUUUUUUCCUUCAAUCCGAGCGACUUUCAGCCGUUAACCUUACUGCAUCUGCUCUCGCCUGCGCUGCUUUGGCUCUUUUACUGAAUGACUGUUUCUCUUAUUUUUAAAUCUUACCAUGCGCUGCCAGUGUGGUCCAGCUGAUCGGCUCUGUUUGGAAUGGCCGGGGACACGCAAACAGGCUUUGGGGAACCUUUAAAGACCGAUGGAAUUUGGGAAUAUUGACCAAAUAUUAGGAAGAUGAGCACCUUAUCUCUGUGUUUCCUUCUGUGCGCCGAUCUCUUGGACUUAGCGCUGGGUUACUUAACCGUCACCAUUGAGCCCCUUCCUCCAGUUGUUGUAGGAGAUACUGUGACGCUGAAAUGCAACUUCAAGACUGACGGCAGGCUGCGAGAGAUAGUCUGGUAUCGGGUCACAGAUGGCGGCACAAUCAAACAAAAAAUAUUUACAUAUGAUGCCAUGUUCAACACCAACUACUCUCACAUGGAAGAUUAUCGGAGGCGGGAGGACCUCGUGUAUCAAUCAACAGUUCGACUUCCAGAAGUACGGAUUUCAGAUAACGGCCCCUAUGAAUGUCACGUGGGAAUCUAUGAUCGAGCGACAAGAGAAAAAGUGGUCCUGGCAUCUGGGAAUAUAUUCCUCAAUGUUAUGUCCCCGCCUCUUUCCAUAUCAGUGGUGGCAGCAGAUUCUCCGGCACCCUUCAGCCGUUACCAGCCUCAGAACUUCACCCUCAUCUGCAUUGUGUCUGGGGGAAAACCGGCACCCACAGUCUAUUUCAAGCGAGACGGCGAGCUAAUUGAAGCGAUGACUUGGGGGCAGACCCCUAUGGGAAGUGACGGAAGCGCUGGAGGCCUGAGAGACCCCCGGCCCCUUAUUAGUCGUGAGCUGGAUGACACCAAGCUGCAGAAGUCAUUGUCUCUGCUGGACCUGGAUGAGAAGCCACCAAGACUCUUUACAGAGGAUCCUCAUCGGGAUAACACCCCCAGGGCCCCGGGUUAUGAGCCCAACCCAGCCACAGAGAUCAUUCCAGAAACAGUGGUCAGCCGGGAAUUCCCACGUUGGGUCCAAAGUGCCGAGCCCCUGUAUUACUUUCGCAAUGCACAUAUCCCAUUGAAUGAUGGGACUGUGGAAGUAAGAGCCAUGCUCACUUGGACUCUAAACCCACAGCUUGAUAACGAUGCCCUAUUCAGCUGUGAAGUCAAACACCCAGCCUUGUCGAUGCCCAUGCAGGCUGAGGUCACACUGGCGGCACCCAAGGACCCCAAGCUGGCAAUGUCUCCGCCACGAGCGAAAGUUGGGGACACCGUCCGAAUACUCGUGCAAGGAUUCAAGAGUGAGGUCUUCCCAGAGCCACUGUUCACCUGGACACGGGUUGGUGGUCACCUGCUAGAUGGCAAAACUAAGCAUGACGGCAAGGAACUGGUACUGGAGCGUGUGCCAGCUGAGCUGAAUGGAUCGAUGUACAGCUGCACGGCCCAGAAUCCUCUGGGCUCCACGGACACGCAUACUCGACUCAUCGUGUUCGAAAACCCCAGCAUGAUGAAGGGAUCUCAGAUUUCAAACGAUGCAGCAUCCCAUAAGGAGACAUCCAGAGUGGUUUUGGCCCUGCUUCUCCUAACAGUGACUCUGGAACUCACGUGAGUUGGGCAAUCGCCCACCCUGCCAGUCUGCCUGGAACACCCGCACGCCCACCCGCCAGCCCACCUGCCAGCCUGGGCCGCAGCACACAUCUGAUGCCACACAUCUGACUAUUUCUGUCUUUUUGUACAAACAAAAGAGCAAACAAAAAACAAGCAAACAAAAAAAAAAAAAAACUGGACAAAAACGCCCCCUUUGUCUGUUUAUCUUCAUGUCUCGCCUUUUGUCAGUUCUUCAAUAAAACAUACAGUCUGAUUAAUAAAAAUACAAAAAACAGAGGAGUGAACUCUCAUUUCCUUUUUAGUGUGGUUGGGAAGUGCUCAUCCAGUGCCGCUCUGCAUUUUCUUUCUUUCGUUUGUUAUGGAGACCGUAAGGAGCCUUUGUAACCAUUGGCUACACCUAUUGUGCCAGAUAGACCGUCAACCAAUGGAAUACUUCAGCUGUCUUUACCUUCUCAAAAAACAGAAGAGAGAGAAGACUCAGUCUGGAACCUAAAAUAAAAGAAAAUUGAGCACAUUCCCAAACAUACAGGCACAAAUGGUGCUUGGGCCUCAUCCUAUAUGCCACCAUAGUCCAGCUACAGCAGGCAAUGGGUUUGAUUUUUGAAUUCACAGAAGGCUUCUUGAAGGCACCCCUAGCAGACUUUCUAUUUUUACUACAUUGGUACCAUUUAGAAAUAUGUAACUCCUUCUGGCGCAGUGCAGCUGACAUCCCAGCAGGCCUUCACUGGAGUUAAUGAUGGGUGGAGUGUAGAGGAAUGGCAUCAGCGGUCACCGUAUGCCUAACGCUUUCUUUUCUUGGCAGUUCAGUGGAACAUAAAACCAUCCCACUCUGCCUGUAGGUCAAACGUCCAUCUGAACAUUGUAGCUCAGAUGUCACCCCACUUGUCUGUCUUUCAUGGAGCAAACAUUAAGCCUCUUGUGACGGGUGACAGCUUGCCAUGUUUCUUCAUCUGACAAUUUAGUUGUACAUUCAGUUUUGUUUUUAUGGGAAAUUUAACAAAGCACAAGUUCUGUAUGAUUCUCCAUGCCGAUGGAUUGUGUCUGCACCUCCCAGAAGAAUGACGGAUAGAGGAACGUAUCCUCAUCUCUGUGU